GGGAAGUACCACGAUUGAAUGAAAAUUUUUCACUUUCAAAGUAGGUCGGUAUGUGAAGAGUUUUGUAUAAAUAGGAGCAUGACAGUAUCCUGUUUAAUGUAAGUUUAUUUGUUUAAAUCAUUAAAAAUAUGAAGCUUUCUAUAAUACUAUCUACUUUGGUAAUUCUUACCUGCGCUCAAGCUGCUCUAGUUAAAAAACUAGUGUCCGAAGAACCAUUGGCUCAUGAGCCUGGUUAUGGUGAACAUCAUGGUCCUACCAUCUCACCUGUUAGAACACCAUCGAGCUCGAUGUCAAGCUCGAGGUCUACGUUAGCAUCGUCUCCAUCAUCAUUUUCACAUGCUGCUGGUGCUGAAAGAACUGGUGUUUCAGGCUACAUAAUAGCCCUUUUUGUUUUAUCGUGUGUUUAAUUAAAAAUGAAAAGUUUAGUUUAUGAUUUUAUGACUCUAGAAAACAUUUUCUGUCCGUUGGCACUGCCAACAGAGGGAUUCUCAGUGAUCCACUGAGCCACUGAGUUAAACACUCGUCUUCUGUGCUCAUUUCAGUCAAUGGUCUGCUCUAGUCAAAUUUAUAUAGUCA